AUGGCAGUGGCAACGCUUCCACUUCUCUCCGUCGUGGAGCUUCCCUCUCUUCUCCAAGCUGUCGCCGUCGACACUUUUCUUGCCGCUGCUCAAUCUCUCGCUCUCAUUGGAUAUCUGCUGACUAAUGUCACUAGUUUAGUGUCACCAAAGUCGACCUCAAUGAAUGGAAGGUUUCCUUUAGAACACCUUUUGGGGAAAAAACCUGCUUACAUAGAAAACAAGAAUGGUAGUGAAACAGAGGAUGACGAGGACGACGAGGACGAUGAUGUACAAGAUGAGGAUGACGAUGGAGAAGAAGAAGACUACUCAGGGGAUGAAGGGGAGGAAGAAGGAGAUCCCGAGGAUGAUCCUGAGGCUAAUGGUGCAGGAGGAAGUGAUGAUGGGGAUGAUGAUGACGAUGGCGACGAGGAAGAUGAAGAAGAUGGCGAAGAUGAAGAGGACGAGGACGAAGAAGAGGAAGAGGAGGAGACUCCCCAGCCACCAACUAAGAAGAGGAAGUGAGAAUUGUAUUAGUAGGAAAUUGGUUCCAUGGUUUGCAUUUGAGUCAAUCUUAGUGAUUAGGACAGAUAAGUUAGCAACCUUCGUGAGUAAACUUGUGUCGUCUUAUUUAUAUGUCAAUGAUGAUAAUUGUUAUAUUAAUAUUUCUCUCUGUUUCAACUUUAAGUUGUUCUGUCCAGUUAUUAUCAUCAGUAAGUGUCGUAAAAGUAUUAAUUGCUUUUGCUAUCAAUCAUGGCAAGUUUUUUCAAA